AUGGUACGCUCAGUGGUGAAUGAGUUUGGUAGCUUGAUAUCUCAAGCAUGGACAAAGGAAACCGUAUCCUGUAUUGAGUCGUCGCUACAACCACCUCAAAUAGCUACUAGUUUAGAAUCCUUACCUGAUGGAAUAUUAGUUCAAAUAAUAGCUCAUUUGAAUCAACUUGAUUUAUUAGAUUUAUGCCUUGUCAACUCAAGGAUUUACAAGUUAUGUAUGAAAAAAUUAUUUAGGACAGCUUUACUUAUAUCACUGGAUACUACUUGCAUGAUUCAUCGGAAAAUGGAAAGCACACCAUUCACAAUUGUCAAUUCCAAAAACCUACCUAAAAUGAAGAAAUUUGGUAUUAUACCAAUUGAAAAUCUAAAAAAGCAUCCCAUAUUAAAGAAAUUUGGAUAUGUUAUCUAUAGCCUCCAUAGCCAAUACUGGGUGUUUUCAUCUUAUGCUUCUCAGGUUAAAUUAGAAAGACUAAAAAGUCCGUCAUUUGUAAGCAAAAUAUUACAUGAAACAUCUGUUAGAAUGUUAGACGUACUGGAAUGGAACAAUCCUAAACAGAACUUAGUAAACCAAUUUAAAAGCACGGCUCAUUUGGUCAAAAGAAUAAACUUGGCCGUAGGAUCUAGACUGGACACUUGGAUAGAACAAUUGAAAGGACUCUUUGUUGGGGUAAAAUGUGUGUCUUGGAGUGUAGCAUACGGUCACAUCUUUGUUUACCAGAGAUUAGCUUUCUCUCUAUUCCAAUGUGAAAAUGUCAGGGAACUUGAAUUAUCCGUCUGUAUUUUCAAAGUAUACCCCCAUACUAGUAACGACAUAAAUAAAUUCUUGAAGAGUACUGUAAAAUCUAUGCCAAACAUAAGGGUACUUAUUAUACGAGUGGAUUCAGAUAUAAAUGAAUUUAUACCCCUAUUAUCUGACUAUAGACUUCAGAAGUUUUGCCUAGAAGUUGAUGACUUGAGAGAAAUGGAAAAUAUUAGUCAAAGUUGUGAAACAGUCAAGAGUUUGUUUAAAUAUUGUGGUUCUUAUCUUGAACUUGUUAAGGUCAGCUUAUGUAAUUUGCAUUUUAAGACAAGAUUAUUGGAAAUUGACUUAUUGCACCUUAAUCUGAAAGAUCCAAGAAAAGAGAUUAAGCAAGAAAUUAAGAGAUUAAUAUCCUGGAUAAAAUGUAAUAUUACUCAUUACCCAAAUCUUAAGUAUUUCUUCUUUUACGACUAUCAGUUUGUAAUUGAUAGGAAAGUAGAACCAUAUCAGUGGUUUGAAAUAAAUAACAAAGAGUUGUGAGACAAGGGCUUCUAUUUAUUAUUAAAUAUAAUUAGAUAGAAACAAUCAAUAAAUUUAGUUUAAGUAGUAGUUAAUGAGUGUUUCAUACAUAUUGUGUCCAACAGACUCCAUUAUUCACCAUCAAGAAUAAUGCAAUUAAUUCAUGAAAAGAAUGGAAGUAUACGUUAAACUCUCA